GCAGACUGGAGGAGUGUUGUGACGUCAUGGCUAAGGGACAGAGGUAGGGAGGGGAAAAGGGAGAAGGGUCGAAGGAUAAAGCAGGGAUGUGACUGCAUCUGUGGGAAAAACAUGAGCCCUCUUAUUUAACGUAAAUAUUAUGAAGCAUAAAUAUGAUUGACUUGUUCACCAACAGAGAAUGCUGAAAUAAAUGACUGAGUGAACCCGUAAAAGUGUGCGCAGACUGAGCUUGGUCCAAAGUGAUGUCAUCUCCAGGAAUGGGCACCCCCAGUGACCCUCUCUUGGCCAGCCCAGGAGGGAGGUCAACAGAGAGGUCAUUGGGUGCCGCUAAUGACGGCCUGUGGAGGGGCUCCGUGCCCAAGACCGCUAGUUUCCCAUUGUCUACGACGCGCCUUCUGAGUCACCGUGCCAACAACUUCCAGAGACACCCAAAGAGGCAGAAGCUGAUCAGACCAUCCCCACCCCCGCCGCCCAACACCCCCUGCCCCCUAGAUCAACUGGAACCCAGUGAGCUGCCCCCUCGUCGCACCUUCCCUGAGCUGCUCUUCAAUGGCUGCAUCCUGUUCGGCAUCGAGUUCAGCUAUGCCAUGGAGACUGCCUAUGUCACCCCCGUCCUACUACAGAUGGGUUUGCCAGACCAGUUCUACAGCCUGGUCUGGUUCAUCAGCCCCAUACUGGGAUUCCUGGUCCAGCCUUUACUAGGAGCUUGGAGUGAUCGCUGUACAUCCCGCUUUGGCCGGCGGAGGCCAUUUAUUUUAGCCUUGGCAAUAGGAGCUCUGCUUGGUUUGACAAUGGUGCUGAAUGGCCGGGACAUUGGAGCUGCAGUGGCAGACACAGCAACCAAUCACAAAUGGGGCAUCAUACUGACCAUUUGUGGAGUGGUUCUGAUGGACUUCAGCGCAGACUCUGCAGAUAAUCCCAGCCAUGCCUACAUGAUGGAUGUGUGCCUGCCAGAGGACCAGGACCGUGGCCUCAACAUUCACGCACUCCUGGCAGGUCUAGGGGGUGGAUUUGGAUACAUCGUGGGUGGGAUUAACUGGGACCACACUGAGUUCGGCAGGUCAAUGGGAGGUCAACUCCGGGUCAUAUACAUGUUCACCAGCGUCACUUUGGUCGUUGCCACGUGCAUGACCCUCAACAGCAUCCCUGAGCGUCCCCUGCCCAGGACACAGCUUCAGAAGAGCACGAAAAGCUCCCUGAAGAGCCCCAGCCUCCCCCUGCCCCCCUCGCCCCCUGUCCCCCCGGCGAUCCUGGGACCGGGCGUGGACGAGGAAGACGACGGUCUCUACAGCUACCAGUACUCUGAACCUCACCUCUCCAACUCGGACGCCGUGGCCCACUCCUGCAGUGCGGAUGCGCGCCUCUGUUCCGGACUUGCCAGCCCCAUCUCGCCCCUUAGCCCCCUGACUCCUAAAUAUGGCAGCUUCAUCAGUCGGGAUAACUCCCUCACUGGCAUCAACGAGUUUGCCUCAUCCUUGGGAACCUCGUAUAUAGACAGUGUACUCAUCGACUGCUACACCGGUCAGCCGUCGCCGCAGCCCCUUGACCAGACCGUACAACCUCCGCCUUUGGGGGACACCACACCUCCCCGGGGACCUCAGCCUGAAACAGGGUCACAGGCUGGGGAAGGAACCCAGUCGCUGGCCACCCAGAUGGGGGCAGGGUCCCAUAGACGUUUGUCCGCUGGUAUUCUAAAGCGCCCACAGAGCCUCGCUCUAGUGGAGGAGCCAGUGAUGACUCAGGGCGGAGGGCCGGAAAAUGGCCGCAGAAGAACGGUGACCUUCAGUCAGCAGGUGGCAAACAUUCUGCUGAAUGGGGUGCGUUAUGAGAGUGACCUGAGUGAAAAUGUGGAGAUAGCAGAUUCACAGAUGUCAAUGAGGCUGCUGUGUAGCGCCAUCUACAGGAUGCCUCCGUCACUACGCAGCCUCUGCACUAACCACUUUUUGGGCUGGCUGUCCUUUGAGGGCAUGCUUCUGUUCUACACUGACUUCAUGGGGGAGGUGGUGUUCGCAGGUGACCCCAAAGCCCCCCACGACUCAGAGGCCUACCAACGCUACAACGCUGGGGUCAGCAUGGGCUGCUGGGGCAUGUGCAUCUAUGCAUUUAGUGCUGCCUUUUACUCAGCCAUACUGGAGAAGCUGGAGGAACGGUUCUCCCUCCGCUCUCUCUACUUCUUCGCCUACUUGGCGUUUGGCCUCGGCACGGGGCUGGCCACGCUCUCCACUAACCUCUACGUGGUGCUGUCACUGUGUGUCACCUACGGGGUGCUCUUCUCCUCCCUAUGCACGCUGCCUUACUCUCUGCUGUGUGAAUACUACCAGAGCCCGCAGUUCUGCGGCUCGUCAGAGGAGGGGACCAGGAGAGGGAUGGGCGUGGACAUCUCUCUGCUCAGCUGUCAAUACUUCCUGGCUCAGAUCAUAGUCUCCGUGGCGAUGGGGCCUCUGACCUCGUUGGAAGAGGAGAAGUUGAAACUGGGGUGUGAUUCGGCAUUCCAUCGGAAAACCGAACCAAAAAGAAGAACCACAUAUCUGUUGUUUGGGUGGCAAGACAGAAUUCAGGAAGAUACAUGUGAACUAUGCUAAAGAUGACGGAGCUGGACAACUUCGAGAGGGAAGGCUUUAGGUUGAAAUCGACCAACAGCAAGUGCUUGUUUUCACCACUAGAGCGCAUGCUUUAGUUAGGGUUUAGACAUGUUUCACCACACUAGACCCAAACAGGUUUACUGGAGUGAUCCAUUCACGUUUGGGUUGGUUUCUUCACACACUGCAUUUGUUCACUCCAUUCAUUGGAUUUCAACUGCUGAAAUAACAUUCCAUAUCCAUGUUAAUCAAGCAGCCAAUGAAAAUAAUAACUUUUACAUUUUGAACAUCUGUUGGGCUAAAAUAGCUUGCUUGGCAUUGCUUGCUCAGAACAUCACACAGUUGUCACUGACACUGUUUCCAGGUACUUUUGAAUGAAUUGUAAUUAUAAUCCAUGCCUGCUUUCAGUUCCAUUUGGGCAUUUUACCGAAAUGCCCACCAUCUUUGAAUUCUCUACAGUCAUGCGUCAUCCCACUUAUCUUGAGCUGGUGAAGAUGCAUCAGCUAAGUGGAAUGUUGAUCAGGUCUCCCUCUAAAGCCACCAUAACAGACUGGACACUCCA